AUGGCCGCCCCCUACCAAGAUCCCAACGCUGGCACUACCAGAUAUACCAUCGGUGCGCCUGGCCAGAAUCAGCAACACAACACAAACGGCAAUGCCAACUAUGCGCAGCAGAAUGGCAACGCCCCUGAAACGCAGUACGACAGUGAUGCCCGACAGUCCACCGAAAGUCGUACUGGUCGGAAGCGAUCGAUCGGCAAUGGAGAACCCAAUGAUCGGAGUAGAUCAAGAACGGGUGGUAGUGGUGGAAGAUCUGUUCGGACCUGUAAAAAGUGCGGAGAAGCGUUGACAGGACAAUUUGUGCGCGCCCUAGGAGGAACAUACCAUCUCGACUGCUUCAAAUGUGCCGACUGCGGACAAGUCGUUGCCUCGAAGUUCUUCCCUGUCGAUGCUGCAGAUGGCUCUGGACAAUUUCCGCUGUGCGAGACCGAUUAUUUCCGGCGUCUGGACUUGCUCUGCUACGACUGCGGUGGUGCGUUGCGCGGCUCCUACAUCACGGCGUUAGACCGGAAAUACCACAUCGAACACUUCACCUGUUCCGUGUGUCCCACGGUCUUCGGUUCUCAAGACAGUUACUACGAGCAUGAGGGCAAAGUCUAUUGUCACUACCAUUACUCGACACAGUUUGCUCAGAGAUGCAACGGAUGCCAGACUGCCAUAUUGAAGCAAUUUGUCGAGAUAUUCCGAAAUGGGCAAAAUCAGCAUUGGCACCCAGAAUGCUACAUGAUUCACAAGUUCUGGAAUGUCCGAUUAUCGACGUCAGAUGAGGCUUCAGCACGUCCACAUCUCAAUGCAGACGUACGCAACGAUGAGCGGGAGCUGGUCAAAGAAGAUGAAGAUCGGAUGGAGCUGAAGGUGUACCGCAUCUGGAGUAUCCUGUCCACCUUCGAAGAGUCUUCCGCUUCGUGCAUUUCAGAUAUGCUUCUUCAGGUGAGCAACGGAUCGUACUAUGAAGGAGUCAUUGUAGCCAGAAAGUUCAUCUGGCAUGUCGACAUCCUCUUCAAUGCGGUCGACAGUCUCGCCUCUCUGGUCAUCAAAUCGGGCCUCAAGGAAUUGUCUUAUGGCCGAGAAGCCAAGCUACUCUGCAAGAAGGUAGUGGCAUUUUUCACCUUACUGUCCAAAACGCAAGAGACCGGUGUGCGGAAGCUUGGCGUUACCCAAGAACUACUCUCCCUGGUUACUGGCCUGGCUCACUAUUUGAAGCUCCUCAUUCGCAUUGGUCUUCAGGGCGCCCUGAAGCUCGAGCGCGAAAGAGGCACCGCAGAAGGUCUACAUGCAUUCUUGGAUGAGCUUGCCGACCUCGAAACCAUCAAAGAGCAAGAGCUGAAGAACGUCGAUAUCAACGAUGGGGUUGCUGGGCUGGCUGAGCAACAGUCGGACUGCUGUGCCAGCUGUACACAGCCAAUUGAUGAUGAAUGUAUCAUGAUCUACGGCAAGCGCUGGCACGCAAAGCCGCCUCAUUUGACAUGCAGUGUCUGUAACAGAGACCUGAGCCAGGAUCUUUACAGCGCUCGUUACAGCGAGCGUGAUGAGCGUGUCUACUGUCUCGACCACGCCAAACGAGCCGCUGAAACAGUGUCUGGCUUUUCCCACGUCUCAAAACUGCAGCAAUACGUCUUCCUAUUGAAGGUUGCGUUGGCUAGACUCUUAGAGGUCUUGAAGAACAGUGGGAGCCUUCCUCAUACGACAGAAGAUCCCAAUCUGACACCUUACAACACUGAUGACGGCCAUCGUGGUCAAGAUCGUGCACCACCCCACCAGAAGAUGGGGUCGCGAUCUAAGUCCUACGCCGGCUCAUCAAAACAGGAAGGCUCAUCACUCGAGCAGACAGUAGGCGAGAUGAAGCGCCUGCGAUCGACAAGAAACGAAAGAACACUGUCGACAACUUUUCGAAAGGCAAGAGCCUCCCGCAUCAUGGACGGCCCGACGGGCAUUCGACCAGGAUCCGCAGGAGACGACCCCUCUCGAGGCCAGUUCCAGAUUGUUGAGGAGCGAGAUCUUGACGGCAAGGUUCGACCUGAAUUGACUUUCGGCAAUCAAGAAGGUCUUACUCUGGAUGACAUCCCGCGCAUUGUCGCAGCAGAGCAGGCCAAGGAGCAGCGGCCUAAUGCGUAUCGACACGCAGGCACCGCUUUGAUUGGCGCUAGCAAUAACGCUCCUCGUCUGCUCAAUGGCCACGCGCGCGGCGCAUCAGCCGGAAACGAUCUGCUGUCUGGCGAGCCAAGUCCUCUUCGCACAAAGCGUUACUUCUCCGAAUUGUCGGCGCUGGAGUAUUUCAUAGUGCGUCAUGUGGCAGUUCUGUCCAUGCAGCCACUGCUGGACGGCCACUUCACUCUGGAAGAUCUGCUUGGGUUGAUAGAAUCACGAAAGCCGACGUUCUGGGGAAAAGUCAGCCGGGCUCUGCGAAACGACAACAAAGUAAAGAAGAAGGGCGUCUUCGGGGUUCCGCUUGAGAGUCUGUGCGAACGUGAAGGUGCUGAGUCCACGCAUGGUGUGGGACCAGGAGCGUUGCGUGUGCCCGGGAUCGUGGACGAGGCAAUAAGCGCCAUGAAGCAGAUGGAUAUGUCCGUGGAAGGUGUCUUCCGCAAGAACGGCAAUAUCAAACGUCUAAGAGAGGCGUCUGAGCUAAUCGACGCCAACCAGAUGCCAGACUUGAGCCGCGAGAAUGCUGUUCAAGUUGCGGCUCUGCUCAAGAAGUUCUUGCGCGAUAUGCCAGACCCGCUGCUAACUUUCAAGUUGCACAAGCUGUGGAUCGCAGCUCAAAAACUCGAAGAUGACGACGUUCGUCAGCGUGUUCUGCACUUGACUUGCUGUUUGAUGCCAAAGAGCCAUCGAGACACGAUGGAAGUGCUCUUCGCGUUUUUGCGUUGGACGGCAUCUUUCUCGCAAGUCGACGAGGAAUCCGGAAGCAAAAUGGACGCACACAACCUAGCCACUGUGAUGGCACCAAACAUACUGUAUGCCCUACAGAAGAAGGAGAAUGGAAAGGCGGCGGUUGUGCCACAAGUCGACGAAAGCUUUCUGGCCAUUGAGACUGUGCACACACUGAUACAGUUCAACGACACAUUUUCGGAGGUACCCGAAGAUUUGCAGUCAAUCCUGACCGAUAGCAGCCUGCACAACAGCUCGGCAGAGUUGACUACCAAAGAAAUUCUCUCGCGGUACGGCGAUAUCGUGAAAGGAAACGUGGCCAAGCAGACCGUCCAAGCCGCAGAUGGACCAGCAAGAGCCACUCCGUCUUCUGCCACCGGCUCAACGAAAGGCCCAAAUACUGUCGCCAUGCGGGUCGAUGCCGAUCCUUCUCAGGCUCACGCAUGGCACAAGCAAAGCUCUGUGCGUCCAGUACAGAAUCAUGGUCCUGGCAACGCGAAGCAGGAUUUUGAUUUCGCUGCCCCAAACCAACCAUACUCUGGGAGACAGCGCGCAGGCAGUGGUUCGAGUCAGGGCGAUUACAACAAAGACAAUAGGCAGAGCUACGGCAAUAAGCCUCUCGGUGUUGCGAGCUGA